AUGGCGACGGUGCCCCACAUGGUGCGGCACAACGAUGGCUCCUCCCUCUUCCUCCUCGCGCGGGUGAGUCUCGAUGGUCUCUUCUCUUCCCCUCCCUCUGUCUCUCUCUCCCCAUCUCCCCUGGCGCGGGUAGGGCAGCGGCGUGGGCGGACCUCCUCCGAGGACCGCAAGCCGGUGGGCGCGGGGUCCCCGCCGCCGGCCGCGGCCGCGGCGGUGGCGGCGGCGCACAAGAUCCAGCUCAAGAGCGCCGACAUGAAGGAGGAGAUGCAGCAGGAGGCCUUCGAAAUUGCCCACGUCGCGUUCAAGAAGCACAGCAUGGAGAAGGACAUCGCGGAGUACAUAAAGAAGGAGUUCGACAAGAACUACGGCCCAACCUGGCACUGCAUCGUCGGCCGCAACUUCGACCUAAGACAUGAUGGUUGCCAGGCUACAACCUGCUAUUCAAGCACAGUUGUGUAGACUCAAGUCAGCCAACACCAGAAACUUCUAGCUGCUGCUAGUCAACAGCUUGUCAACAACAAUGUGCAGCCAAACAAUCCAAUUAGAGUUUUUGACGAAGAUGGUUGCCACGGAUAGCAUCUACUAUGUUAAGCUAGGAUAACAUUGUGUUCAUUGUGUUCAUUAGCUAGGAUUAGCCAUGCUAUUGAUCAUCAACUAUAUGUUCAAACAAGGACUAGUAUAAUUUUUGGUGUAUGGCUACUCCAAAUUUGUGUACAUGAUUUUAAUAUGGCAUCCAUCUUGAAUGUUUGAUCCAAUGUCUAUGAG